UCAUCCGCCACGUGUUUUUGCGUAUAAAAAAAACACGAGUCCAAACAUUUCUUCACUUCACUCCAUUUUCUCAUCUAACAUCGACGAAGAAGAGAGACACACAACACACAAAGAUUCGUCUGCUUAUGGCUCUCGAAGCGAUGAAUUCUCCUUCGUUCACAGUCCGUAAAGAUAGAAUCGAAGCAACAGAAGAUGAUCUGAUGAACGACGCCGUUUUCAUGGAGCCUUGGCUGAAACGCAAACGCUCGAAACGCCAGCGUUCUCGCAGCCCUUCUCCGUCCACCUCUUCCUCGCCGCCUCGAUCUCGUCGCCCUAAAUCCGAGAGUCAGGAUCUCACGGAGGAAGAGUAUCUCGCUCUGUGUCUCCUCAAGCUCGCUAAAGACAAACACUCACCGCGGCCGCAGCCGCAAGACUCGACGAAGCUCUCGUACAAGUGUAGCGUUUGCGGAAAAGCGUUUCCUUCGUAUCAGGCGUUAGGCGGACACAAAGCGAGCCACCGAAUCAAGCCUCUAACCGCCGAUAAUUCAACAUCUCCGAUCAUCGCCGGAGAGAAGCAUCACAGUUCCGCCACCGUCCCACCUUCCGGGAAGAUUCACGAGUGCUCUAUCUGCCGUAAAGUGUUUCCGACGGGUCAAGCACUCGGCGGUCACAAACGCUGCCACUACGAAGGAAACCUCGGAGGAGGAAGCAAAACGAUUAGCCAGAGUGGAAGCGUGUCGAGCACGGUUUCGGAAGAUCGAAGCAACCACGUGUUGAUCGAUCUAAACCUCCCGGCUUUACCGGAGCUCAGCCUUCAUCACAACCCAGUCGUCGACGAGGAGAUACUGAGUCCGUUGACCGGGAAGAAACCGCUUUUGUUGACGGAUCGUGACCAAGUCAUCAAGAAAGAAGAUUUAUCUCUAAGAAUAUAAUAAUAAUUCUAUUAUUAUACAUAAAACUUAGUUAUAAAGCAUUUAGUUUCAUUUUCAUUCGUUGCAAUUAUUUUUAUUUUAACUAUGGGAUUGGGUAGGGAUUCAUUUCAUGUCAGGGGUUUAUACAGAAUAUGAUUGUUUGGUUUUGAAUAAAUCAUAGUUUCAUUUUGAUUGUUA